AUGUCCGCCUCCGCAGAAAGUCAGGCUAUUCGCCCAUCCAUCCCGGAUGACAAGCUUGUUCUUUAUGUGAAGAAAGCGAGUCCGACAUCCACCGCCAACUCCGUUAAGCCAUUAAUGCUGAUCGAAGCCCUCAACAUUCCCCACCACAUCCAUCUCAUCGAAUCAACGAGCAACGAAACAUGGUUUCACGCAGUGAAUCCCUAUAAAAUGGUCCCCGCGAUAGAAGACGUCGAAGUCUAUGACUCCAACGGCGAAUUUCAAAGAUUAAACAUCUUCGACAGCUCAGCCUGCUUGACAUACCUCGCUGAGAAAUACGACACCGAAGGUCUCUAUCGUGGAAAGAAUCUAUGCGAACGAACCAUCAUCACGAACUGGUUAAUGUCAUACACAGCCGGACUCGGCGCUACCGGCAAAAUCUGGCUACUCAUGAAAACCCCAAAGCCAGUCCCAAUUGGAGAGUCUCUUUCUAUCCUUGUCAAAUACAUUCGCACCGAAUACGACUUCCUGGAGAGCCGAUUGAGUGAGCCUGGUCAACUUUAUAUUGCAAUUUCGGACAGACCUACUAUCGCAGACUUCGCUAUUCUCCCCUUGGCAAAUGAGAAAAUUGCAGCAUCCGCCGAACUUGAUUUCAAUGAGUGGCCGAAGCUGAUGGCUUGGAGUGAGCAAAUGAGCUCAUUUAAACCCGUUGCAAGAGCAUUACACAGGGUUUCGCGGUUUGGACUUUCAGAAGAAGAACUUGCCCAGCUGGACGGCAAAGAAUAA